UCCAGUAUUUUUUCCAUAUCGAUUAAUGUCGAAUUUACAAUUUGUGCAUAAAAUCAAGCUUAAAAGACGAUAUUAAUUUGAGUGCACGUGAAAUAAUAGUCAGCAUUCACGUUUACAGUGAAAUGUCUCCAUGAUUCAAGCGAUAGUGCGUGUCGUUACGAAACAUGUCCGUAAUCCGUAUCGGAUGCACUCAAAUGGUUGCUAGCAGUCGAGGGGUUCGGUUCUCUCGUUCCUACUCCGUUUUCAACCAAAACAUUCGAGUCAGCCGCGCGUUCCAUUUUCAAAAAAUCGAUAAUAUGAUCGGUUGAAACAUUUGUGUAAACAAUCUAGUCAACUUCUUCCCAUACACCCUCAAUUUUCUAACAUGUACAGUAGUAGAUGUAAACAAACUUUUACUUUUAACUAAUACAGUGAGCGAACUAUAUCGUUGUAGAGACUUUAAGUGCAAAGGACAGCCAAAAUGUUUAGUGAAUCGUAUGAGAGGAGGCUGCUGCAGCAGUGCAGCCCGCUUAGCAAGAAGCAGUCGGUGCUGGUUCGUCCGGAGCCCAUGGACAGGUUCAUACCGUGCAGACUGGAGAACAACUGGCAGACGAGUUUCCAAGCAAUACGGCGAGGGUCAGAGAACCAGCCGGCCAAGAAAGCUCGAAACGAUGGAGGUGGCAACGACGGUUCGGGAGGUGGGAGGGAUCAUCUGGCGUACGGCUGCCUCCUCCGCAAUGAACUCCUGGGUGCUGAGAUCGAGGAGCUCCGAGGACCACCUGCUAACUGCGAUAACAAUAAAGCCUCCUUGGGAUCCUCACAGUCAGCGUCAGCCGCCAUGACGACGGCCUACUCGCCCUCAGUGUACAAGUUCAGAGCACCUGUACAUAAAACUGAGGAGAACAUAGAUCCCUUCCCGUACAGCCUGUCGCCGGUGUCGGCCAAGUCACAGAAGCUGCUGCGGUCUCCGCAGAAGAUGAUUAGAAAAAUACCGAGGCUACCGUUUAAGGUUCUAGAUGCUCCGGAGCUGCAGGACGACUUCUACCUGAACCUAGUGGACUGGUCUGCGGAGAACGUGCUCAGCGUGGGCCUGGGCAGCUGCGUAUACCUGUGGAGCGCCUGCACCAGCCAGGUGACGCGACUCUGUGAUCUGUCGUCGGAGGGCAACGCGGUGACGUCCGUCGCGUGGAGCGUGAGCGGUCACCUAGUCGCUGUCGGUACACAGAAGGGCCACAUUAGCGUGUGGGAUGUCGCUGUUAAUAAGGAGGUGACGAAGCUGCAGGGUCAUAUAGCACGAGUGGGCGCGCUGGCGUGGAACGGCGACAUCCUCAGCUCGGGCUCCCGAGAUAGACACAUACGGCAGCGAGACACCAGGACGCCCCCGGUCCAAUCGUCUCGGGUACUCCAGGGUCACCGCCAAGAGGUGUGCGGGCUGAAGUGGUCGCCGGACGGACAGUCGCUCGCGUCGGGCGGCAACGACAACAAGCUCUUCGUGUGGUCCAUGCACUCCACAUCGCCCGUCCAGACGUAUUCCGCGCACGUUGCGGCGGUGAAGGCUAUAGCCUGGUCGCCGCACCAGCACGGCCUGCUCGCCUCGGGCGGGGGCACCGCGGACCGCUGCAUCCGCUUCUGGAACACGCUCACCUCGCAGCCCAUGCAGUGCGUCGAUACCGGGUCCCAAGUGUGCAACCUCGCGUGGUCGAAGCACUCCAGCGAGCUGGUCUCCACGCACGGCUACUCGCAGAACCAGAUACUCGUGUGGAAGUACCCCUCGCUCACACAGGUGGCGAAACUAACUGGACACUCGUACAGAGUGCUCUACCUAGCCCUAUCGCCCGAUGGUGAAGCCAUCGUCACAGGCGCAGGAGAUGAAACACUCCGAUUCUGGAACGUCUUCUCUAAAACGACGUCGCACAAGGAGAAUAAGAGCGUACUCAACCUGUACACGGCGCUCAGAUAAACCAUAGACAAGAGAAAUGUCAGUGUCAAGUGUGAGAGCUGUCAAAUUGGAAGCAAAGAAAUGGACUGAACAGCCUGAAAACGUCGGUAAAAAAAAGAUAAAAAGCUCGAGUGCAAGUGUUGCGAAGAUUUGGGCUGGAAAAGACUAUGAAUCAAAACAGCUCAAAUCUUGAAGUGAUGUGGAAAAAAUCUCGGGCAUAGACAACUUACUCUACCCAGAGACAAUUAGUCAAAUUUGUUUGAAGUGUUUAUAGUUAGAUAUGUUUAUAUUUAUGGUGCGUUCGCAGAUUUACUAUAUCUAGUUGUAACUCGUUCCUUUGGAAAUUUAUUUUAUACACAUUUGUGACUAACAUAAGAAAGUUCGAUGCAUUUUAGAUGUAGCUAUUUAUUUAUAUAUCGCACUGUCUGAGAUUGUGCUUUGUAUAUGUUGGAAACACUCAGCAUAAUAUUGUUUUGUAGUUCAUUUAUGUAUUUAUAUGAUUUGGAAAGAGGAUUUUUCUUUUUAUUGUACUUUCUUACAAUUCCAAAACCAUUAUGUUGACGUCUUGACAAACUUAAACAAUACUCAUUUGAAAUGUUAGUAAUAUAAAUAAAAUGGAAAACAUAAUACAUGGUACAUAGUUUAAAAUGUAUGUCUAGUUUUUUUAAAUUACAUUAAAAAUAUAGAAUCUUCUUUCUAAAUCCAAUUUUUUUGAAUAUAAAACAAAGAUCUUUAGUUCAUUUACAUUGAUUUCGUAGCCUGGCUUGUAAUUUGGAACAUUUACACAGGUUUCUGUAUGUCAUAUACAUUAUGUUGUGUACUCAUUUAAUUGCGAUAUCUUUAGUUUAUUUUGAGCAUAUAUUUUUAUAAUAUAUCUCACUUUUGUAAAUAUUUUGAUUAUAAAGUAUCUACUUGUAUGUUUAACGGUAAUUAUGAACAUUGACAAAGUCGUUGUUUAUAAUUACAACUAAGUAACUAGCCCUGUCAAAGUUUUUUAUAAUUGUCGUAGUUUCUUAUAAAAUUGGUGUCAAAAGUAUAUUUUUUGAGCAUAAAAUGGUGAAAUAAGAAAUGGCACAUGGUGUUAAAUAUUAGCUGUAUAAUGAUUUCAAAAAUGAUUAACAUUUCUUUUAGAAUUACUUUAAAAUUAAGCCAUCUAUAUUCCUCAUUUAUUAUGGUUAUAAUGGUUAAACUGACCUCAGAAAUUUUAUAACUAUACUAGAUGAAGGAAUGUUUUAAAUCUCCUUGCCAAAUUUUCGUUUAAACUAUUUAUUGUAGCGCUAGUAUUAUUGGCAUUUAUUAAACAUUAGCUUGAGCAAGAGCCGUAUAAGAUCUCAAUAUGCAAAUGUAAUUUUUCCUCAUAAUUUUUUCAGCGAGCGAAUACUAGAUACCGAAAUGAACAUAUAGAAAAAGUUGAUAUUGCCCAUAGAAAUUAGUAAUAAACUAAAAAGCAUAUCAAAAGUCUCUCUGAAAAUUACACCAUGUAAUAUUAAUUAUUCUUUAGUAUGCGCUUGCUGAUACAUAAAAUAAAAUCCUAAUAAAAUAUCCCUCGUAGGGCUUGUAAAUCUUACAGAAUGUAAGACUCUUUAUGCACAUAAUUUACGUGGGGCCCAAUUCUUAUACCUAGAGAGUUGGAUCUAUCGGCCGAGGAUCGAAGGUACGGAAAUUGUGUCCCUAUAGUCUGUACAGAAAGGUUUAUAUGUAGAAUGUCACUUAUAAUAUUAUGUAGAAUAACAAAUUAAUUGGAUUUGUGCAAUCUAGAUAAUUGUGUUCGUUAUCGAACGAGCUUAUUGGUGUAAAAGCAAUGUAUUCAGCCAAAUUGAUUUCGAUACUUUCGACAAAAAUGUAUGGGAUUUUGAUACUUUGUUGUCGAAACUAUUAAAUGUAAUUUGUCUAAGUACUUGUGUAGUAUCGAUUGUCAAUCGAUUAUUAUAAAAUCGGAAGAGUAUUCUGAUUAAAAUAUUCAGUGUAAGUAUUAAGUUAACGGUGUGGUAAAUUGGGUGAAAAUAUGAAAUUGUGAAAUAUUGGUCAAACUUUUGGCACUUAAACCAAAAAUUGUGAGUGUGAAAAGCGUGUUAGUUCUUGUCUCUUUCUUUUAUUUUGUGUUAGAAGGGGACGAAAAAUAACAGCUCAAAAUUGAUUCAUUUAAGUUGGACAAUAUUGAAAGUUUCUCUUGUGAAUUAUUAACUCCUGUACUAUAUUAUUUAUCAAGUGUUUUUUUUUCUUUACUAAAUUAUGUAUUACAGAUGUUUCUGUUUUUCUUAACUGAUUAUACUACCAAUUUUGCUGUGUUUUGAUAUUGUUCAAAUUAAAAUUUAGCUUUUUAGUUAUUGGGACCUAACUUUUCGGCAAAAUGUCAUAAGUACAUGUUUAACAGCUAUUUAGUAAAAUACAGGCUGUCUGAUUUUUUUGUCUUUCUACUUUUCUUUUUGUCUACAAUUUAUGUUUCUUUUUUCAACGUUCAUACAUCCUGUAUAACCAAUAGUUAUAGAAAUGUAUAUUCAAAUAGUAUGUUAUUACUUAUUACAGAUUCUGUUUAUUUUUAGUUUUUAUAAUCAUAAAACAUCAGCAUAUAUAGCAUUACUUACUAAGAAACCGAUUUCAAUGUUGCGAAAUAAAUUUUAAAAGUCAAUUAUUGAAAUCUUGGAUUUAUGGGUUAUUGGCUAUUGUUGAUAGUUUUGAUAAUUUGUAAGUUACGACUUAUGCACUACCCACCUACGGACCCACCUUUGCACACUUAACCAAUGCUAAAACCUAAUCGCUUAACACAUAGGCUAUAAUAACAAAUAGUUUACAUUUCAAAAUACAAUAGCUAGAGUUAAGAUCCUAAACUAUAUUCGAACAGUAAAAUAAAUGUAAAUAGAUAAAUUGACCAUAUAAUAUUAUAUUAGAGAAAGUUAAUACAAACUAAAUAGAUUAGCGAGGACAGUACAUUGAAAUUCGGCCAUGGGCUCUAUUUUUUAUUUGCGUGUGAAACUAUUGUUGUCUCUCUCUAUCGCUUAGAUGAUAUGAUCGCGGAAAUGAGAUAGCUAUAUUACUGAGUGAAAGCAAGUAAACUGGUCAAUGACCGAAUUUCUUUGUCAUCAGCAACCCAACUUUUGCUGGAUCAUAAUUUCUGUGACUUAUUUUUAGUUAAAGUUAUGCUUAGUUUUCUGUACAUAAUAAACAACAUUCAUUCCAUAAUACUGCAAUAGUGAAUAGCGUAAGAGAUAUACGUUAGGUCCCUGAAGUUAGGCAUAGAACAUAUUUAUAUGGAGAAAGAUUUAAUAUAUUUGAAAUAACUUCAUUAGACUGAUAGUGUACAUUAUGUUCUAUGUAAUAUGUCCCUAAUAAAAUUUACUUGUGUGAUA